AUGAUGUGGCUGUUCAUAACCAUUGCUUAUUUAAUGUGCAUCAGUGAAAAGUCAGAUGCGAGCCCCGAGGCAUCCAUGGAUGUUGGUGAAAUCAUCCACUACCAUGGGUACCCCUACGAGGAGCAUGAAGUGGUGACAGACGAUGGCUAUUACCUCACCAUGCAGAGGAUUCCUCAUGGCAAAGACAACCCAAGAAGCAUGAGCACCUCCCAUGAAGCAGAGGUACAGUGCUGCAGCAUGUUCUGCCCCUCUCCAAAGUCUGUGGUCCUACUGCAGCAUGGCCUGGCGUUAGAGGGAAGCAUCUGGGUUACCAACUUGCCCAACAGCAGCCUGGGUUUCAUCCUUGCCGAUGCCGGCUAUGACGUCUGGAUUGGAAACAACCGGGGGAACAGCUGGUCGCGAAAGCACAAAGAGUUUGAGUUUUACCACCAGGAAUACUCAGCUUACAGCUUUCAUGAGAUGGCCAUGUAUGACCUUCCAGCAACAAUCAACUAUAUUCUGCAGAAAACUGGACAGGAGCAGUUAUACUAUGUGGCUUACUCUCAAGGCACCACCACAGGUUUCAUUGCAUUUUCAUCCAUUCCUGAGCUGGAUCGUAAAAUCAAGAUGUUUUUUGCCUUGGCUCCUAUCACCACAAACUCAAAUAUGAAGACACCCUUGGUAAGGCUGUUUGACCUUCCCGAGAGGCUGGUUAAGCUCAUUUUAGGAAAUACGGUGGUCUUUGAUAAGGGUAUCGUGCGGCAAGCAAUUUCCAGUCUGUGCAGCUACUCCAUCUUUAAAAGCUUUUGUUCCUUGGGCCUUUGCUUGCCUGGUGGGUUUACCAGCAGCUUAAAUGUGAGCCGCAUAGAUGUCUACCUGUCCCGCUACCCUGAUUCAACAUCCCCAAAAACCUUGUUACAUUGGCGCCAGUUCUAUCAAACAGGGGAAUUCAAAUAUUAUGAUUACAGCAGUGACAACAUGCUUCAUUACAACCAGACCACACCUCCCUUCUAUGAGCCGGAAAAUAUGAAAGCCCCGCUUGCUGCAUGGUAUGGUGGCAAAGACUGGAUUUCAGUCCCCGAAGAUGUAAACAUGACACUGUCUCGUAUAACCAAUCUGGCAUACAAAAAGUACAUUCCCGAAUUCAUCCACUUUGAUUUCAUUUGGGGUAUGCAGGCGUACGAACAAAUAUACAGAGAAAUUCUUGAAUUGAUGGAGAAGAGUGCCUAG